GCCGUUUUACUGGACAGCGAGACGGACUCGCCCACGUCCGGUCACUCGUUUCUUACACAGCAUCACAUGAAUCCGCGUACGAGCUCAGCAAAGAGAGGUUGAGUGCUCGGGCUUUUUAUUUAUUUAUUUCUGAUCCGGCUAGUGGCACCACCAAGUUCUCAACAUCUACGUUAUUAUUAUUAUUGUGUUUUUGUCGUGGUGGUCUCUUUCCGUUUAUUACCUUUCCAUUUUUCUCCUGCUCUUGCUUUUAUCGCACCCCUACACGUACGCAUACACACAUUUGCACACUCCCGCACGCCGAUGCAGUCGCCAUCUCCCCUUCAAGAGACAGCGUCGACGCUGUCAGGCGAAGCGCAAUCGUUUGCGACCACCAACGCAGGCGCCGACGGCAUGAGCCAGUACGCGUCGGUAUUUAUUCCGAGUGGGUUUCCGAAGGGUGGUGGCGGCGGCGCGCACCCGUUGCCCGUCCCCAACGCUCUGUCCUCCGCCACGGCACACGCUGAGGCGGGAGGGGCCAGUAUCGCCCGCUCUGGUCCGACAGGCAGCAGCCGCAGUUGCAACAGCAGCAACGGUGCAGGUGGCAGUGAUGGCCUUUCUCCCGCUCACACGGACUCUGCUGCUGCGGCGGAGUGGCGUGCGCUGUACGGGGCGAGUGCCGAGAUGAUGGCGGCCACCGCAGGUGCCUUUCGCGCUGGCAGCUCUGGUGUGUCCUUUAUGACUCCCAUCUUCCACCUCACCGCCCACGAUGCGACCAUCCUGUCUAUGGAGCACAACAAUCACUGUAAACUCCUGGGCAUCUCGACCUCCAAGAACGAAAUCUUGGUGACCUGGACACAGCUGAUGCCCGUGAUUGAGAACAUGGGUGCGCUGCGAGCCGCCGACGACGACCUCUUUGGUGGCGACCAGGCGCCGCCGAUUGAUGAGAGGCUGCUCGAGUGGGACCCCGCAACCAUGUCGAUCUUGAUUGACGAGGUGCCCUGCGCCUGCACGGAGCUGUCGUGGGCACCGUGGCAGCAGGGCAUUUACCUGGCCGGCCUAUGCCCGGGUCACGGCAUCCGCAUCUACCACUAUUCCCACGGCCACUGGGCGCUCGAUGACUGCAUACGCACGACAGAGAGCACCAGCUGCGCCAUCUCGAACCACUUCACCGUUGCGUGUGCGUGCAGCCGGGGCCGGGUGGAGUUGUGGUCGCGCGGCGCCGCAUCGGGGGUGGGAGGGCCAACACCCGCGGCCGCGCCGUCCACCACCGCACGGGGACACUCUGGUGGUAUUGCGGGGACUGGGGGACGAUUCAAUCCCGGUCCCGGCGGCAACGGCAACGGCAGCUCGUGGGUGCUGUGCCGAACGGUUACGUUUCCUCUUUCCGAGGAUGAGGAGGCCAGCGGUGGUAGUGCGGCUGGCGCGUCUCGUGGGCAGGAGGGGGCACGAAACAACGGCGGUGGCGUGGGGCUCCUCGGUGCAACCCAUGCGGCCCCCACGACGGCGACGCGUCACCGAACACGCGACAUCGUUGGCGUCGGCUGGGAUGAGUCGGGCGCACUGCUGGCCGUCGGCGAUCAGGGCGGGUCCGUGCACGUGCUCGCGGUUACCCAGGAGGGCACUCGGCUCGGGGAGAUGGUGUUUCACCUACCGCCGUCCGACGGUGCGGCGCCGUGCCGGCGGGUGGCGUGGGCGCCCUCCUCCGGCCGCAGCUUCCUUUCGCUGGCAAUGGUGUUUGGCGACUGCGUGCGCAUCGUGCUGUUCCGUCGUCCGCGCUUUAUGAGUGCAGCAGGGCUGCCGCACCCCGGCCACGGCGGCCGCAACGCUGCCGUUGCCAGCGGGAACAGUAGCGGCGGUGGCGGCGUGUCUGGUGCGACGCUGCUGGUGCUGGCCUCCGCCAUGGUGCCCUGUGAGGAAGUGACGAAAUUGUCGUGGAACGGCACCGGCACGCGCUUCGUCACCUCGCAUUUGGACAGCUCGGUGAAUAUCUGGGCGGUGGAUGUGCGGUAUCAGUAUCCGACGGUGCGGCCCGACGGCAGCGCAGGGGGUGAGCCGACGAGCGGAGACGGCGCCCCGCAAAUCACUGGGGAGGGCGGACGUGGCAGCACCGCGCUGUCGGAGAAGCGGCUGAGUUUGGUGGUGUCCGUGCGACGGACCUCCUCCGUACACCCCUACCACGCCGGGUCAAAGUAG